AUGAACACCGCAAUCUUCGUUGCCUACGCACCACAGCUUGUAGCAAUCUUCGUUGCCUACGCACCAACAUCAACUGCGAAGAAGAGUCGGAAGGAUAUGGAUCUGAAGAGGCUCUACAGAGAAGACCAUACUUUUUUCAAGGUCAUCGCUGGCGAUUUCAACGCCAAGAUUGACUCCAGAGGAACGGCCGAAGAAGUCUACGUCGGAACUCACGGAAUGGAAUGGCAUGAGCAAUGCGAAAGCUUGUCCCAAUUCAUUAUGUUGACCCACAUCACCUAA